AUGCACUUGAAUCAUCUCAACGCUCUUGAUUCUGGUAAGUUGAGCUUCAUAUAUUCUCAUUAUGGAAAACAAUAUUAUUUUACUGAGUAUGAUGAGAAUUUGAACAGUUUCAGUAGACCAACAAGAAUCAAUUUAAGACAUCCAUUUCAGAAUCUCUAUAUUCUUGGUUCAUGUAAUCGCUUGAUUUGUUUCAAUGCUUGCUAUGAUAAUAUUUAUCAACCUGCUUAUAUCUGUAAUCCCAUCACUAGAGAGUUUAUUCUAUUUCCAAAAGUCGAAGGAAAACAAUUCUUAACUGGGUUUGGAUACAUUCCUUCAACCAAUGAGUACAAGGUUGUUAGCAUCUGUAGCUCAAAGAGAGACCCAAAUUUUGGAAUUAUUCAGACAUACACUAUUGGCAGUGGCAUUGGAUGGAGAAAUGUGGGAAAGAUGGACUAUGAUUUGAUAUCUACGAGACAAAAUAAUGCUGUGUUUUUGAAUGGAUCUAUUUAUUGGGUAAUUCAGGGAACCAUUUUUUCCUUGGAUUUGGCUGAUGAAGAAGUUCGCAUAAUUCCAUCACCACCACAAGCUGGUAAUCCGCCUUCUACUGUUAGAAUGCGGGUUUUAGGUGAUUUUUUAUGUGCAUGUUAUACCAAUGACCAUGGUUGGGACCUAUGGUUCUUUAAGAAGAACAUAAAUAAUCAUGAUGUCAUUUGGAAUAAAGAGUUCAGUGAUCAUCAUAUCGAUGUCAGACCGAUCACCUUUACAAAGAGUGGUGGGCUUCUAUGCUAUGAUUAUCGGGAUAAUAGAGUCUUUCGUUAUGCUCCAAAAGCUUCAUCUCCCAGAAUGCUUGUGAAUUUUGGUGAGAAUUUUCAAUUUGGGGAGCCUCAUAGGAACACCUUAGUGUCUUUGAAAGCAUUAGGAGAAGAUAAAACAAAACUAAUGGCUUCGGAUGAAAGAGCAAGAUCUGGAGGGGAAACAGAAAGCAGAGCUAGCUAA